CAGGAAGGAAAAGGGGUGGGCUGCCUAAAAGGGUUCGAACAACAAUAGCAGCUCUUGGCUUAACAUUUGUCAGAGAUCUAAAAACAGGCAGAAAUAAAAACCUUAGUCCUGGAUUUAUAUUAAAGACAUGUGGUUCUGAAAGAAACCUGAAAGAAGUUUCGGAUUUUAGAAGAGAGGUAUCCUGAGAUAUCUGACAGACUUCGCCUUCCAUCACUGUCAUUGUUUUGCUUGGUCACUGAAUUUGAACUUCAGACCGAUCCUGAUUGAGGAAAUCCGCCAGAGACUGAAUGGUUUGCUCGCACGCAUUCUUGACCAGCGCUGGCCCAUGAGUGUCAGAGGCUCAGACGCAGGCCCGAGUGGAUCUCAUGAACUUUGGGGAAAAAUCUGUUUUAGACGAAUAUAGCCAACGCAUGGGGAGCCUACAUUUCCAAUCUUUUUCAAAUCCUUUGGAUUAUCUUUUCAAGCGUCUCUUCAAAUUGAAGUUCUAUUUAUUAACGAAAAUCAUCUAAUAACCUGAUAAAUCAAAAAUGCUGAAGCCUGAAGCUGUUUCUGUAGCCAUCUGGGUAGCAUGUGGAGUUAUGGGUGUGUUGCUGGCGGAAACUCAGCAAUGUAGCAUUAGCGACCUCAAGGACAUCGAAAUCCUCACUGAUUCUAUUGAGUUUGCAUUGAACAUCUCAGAUGUGGAAUGUCAAUUUGGAGUGAAUGUUUCAGAAAGGCCCGAGAACUCGACACACUGUGAUCAAGAUCAAGAAAUGACCAAAUGUAAACUUGUGAAUUUGGAACCAGGAACAUGGUACCACCUGACUAUUACAACACAGACAGAUCAAUACAACGUUUCCCUGGCAACAAGACCUUCAGUGGUGCAGAGUGUUCAGGUGGUUAGAGACGUUGAAAGCCUGAGCAUGUCCUGGAAGCCCGGCCCAGGGAGAGCAGAGCAAUUCCGGAUUCUGCUCAGAGACAGCGAUCAGAAUCUUAGCUCCACCUGGAACGUCACGUUGGACAACACUACAACAUCGUACACGAUGGACGGCCUGACUCCUGGUCGCGUCUACAACGUGAGCAUCAUCACCGAGGCGGCAGGGAGACAAAACGCCAUGUGGCUGCAGGAACAAACAGAACCGAGCAUGGUCCUCAAUCCACGUAUGGAGAGCAAGGGCAGUCAGACGAGCCUCCGGGUCUCUUGGGAUCGAGCUCCCGGUCAUGUGGACUCUUACCUGGUCCAGCUACAGUCUAAUGAUUCAGCUGUAAAUCAAACUCUGGCCUCGAACACCACACAGGCUCAGUUCGACCAUCUGACUCCUGGGAGCAGCUACCAGGCCAGGAUCUACACCAGGAGUGGUGAUCUCAGCAAUCACGUCAAUGUGACUGCCACAACAGCUCCAGGCGAAGUCUCUCAGCUAAAGAUGGAGAAACCUGCUGAGUACGGCGAGGUGGUGAUUAGCUGGCUGCCCCCUGUAGGACACUGGGAGCAGUACAGCGUGGCGCUCCACAACGGCAGCCAGACACUGUUUAACACAUCCCUGGGUAAAACUGAAAGACGGUUCAGGUUCCCGGGGUUAAAACUUCAUCCUGGCAGAGUUUAUAAAGCAGCAGUGAGUGUGGAGAACAUGGGGCAGACCAGCACCGUCUACUGCCCCGCAGAAAUAGGUCCACCACCUGUGUCACAGCUACACAUCCGUCAUGCAGACGAGACGUCCCUCAGUGCCUUAUGGACCCACAGCUUUGGCUCGGGGUCUCGUGACGGCUACACCGUCAACCUUUACUAUGACACCGGUUCCUCCCCCAUUCAGUCAAGAAAGCUAUCCCGGGACAUGAGAGAGUGCACAUUUAACGUGCUCAUGCCUGGUCGACUGUAUAAAAUAGUGGUGAUGACCACGAGUGGAGAUCUCAGCAGUUCAGCUGAAGUGACAGGAAGAACAUUACCUCAUGAAGUCACCUCUCUGAAGAUGAACAAUAUGAGAACCACAGACUCUCUCAAUGCCACCUGGGACAAGCCUCAGGGAGACCUCGACUCCUAUGAAGUGCUGCUGAUAUACAAUGAAGAGCCUGUGUAUAACCUCAGCGUCCCAGCUAACACCACCACAAUCCACUUCCCGCGUCUCAAACCUGGGGCGCUGUAUAAACUGCUGAUUAGCACGAUCAGCGGUGAGCAAAGAUCCAAGCAGAUGGAGGCCACAUGUUACACAGUACCAGCAGCUGUGGCUGAAGUCAGAGUCACGAAUGAUGGACGUUCAGAUUUCCUCAACGUCUCAUGGAAAGCUGCACCAGGAGAUGUGGGCAACUAUCAGGUCAGCCUGAAAUAUCGUGAGAAGACAAUGUACACGCUCAGUGGGACUAAACUGAGCUCUGAAUUCAGCAGUCUCGUGCCUGGACGACUGUACACCAUCUCCAUUAGCACCUGCAACGGCAAUUUCAAGAACACCACCGUGGUCCAAGGAAGAACGCAACCAGCUGCAGUGCAGAACACCAAUGUCAUCAAUUUAGGCCAGGAAACUAUCCUGAAGGUCUACUGGAACCAUGCGGCUGGAGAUUAUGAUCAUUAUAACGUUGAAAUCCUGCACAACAACACAAUCCUUCAGAACCAGACGGUGGAGAGAGGCAGGAACGAGUGUGUGUUUAGUGAUCUGGUGCCCGGGCGACUUUACAUGGUCACUGUCAGCACCUGGAGUGGAGAGUACGAGUCCAGGAUUUCCACUGAAGGCCACACACACCCUGCUGCAGUACCUUUGCUGACUCUGUCUCAGAAAGGAACCACUCACCUGUGUGUGAGCUGGACCUCUGCACCAGGAGACGUGGAGCGAUACGAGCCCCAGAUCCUGUACAACGACACCAAAGUUUUCCCAGCAGCCAGACUUAAGAACACGGCACGAGAGCACUGCUUCUCUCCUCUCAACCCAGGAUUUCUUUACAAGAUAGUCGUCUCCACCGUCAGCGGGUUGUUCCAUGACAAGGGCAUAGAGGGCCGCACCGCACCCAGCCAGGUUAAGAACCUCCAGCUAGUCCCUGGGACCCUCAGUGGCAGUCUCAGGGCGUCCUGGAGCGCUGGCCCAGGAGACGUGGACUUUUAUUCGGUCUUCCUGUCCCAAAACAAUCAUUUAGAGAAGUACAAACGUGUCCCUAAGCAGGGGAACAUGACAUCCUUUGAAGAUCUCGUACCCGGGCAGUUGUACACGGUUAAAGUACAGGCAGUGAGUGGAGAGCUGACUAACGACAGCUGGGUCAGCGGACGCACAGUCCCUCCACCGGUGAAGGGCCUCCAGGUCGGCCGAGAGCAGACCACACACAGCCUGUCUGUUAACUGGGAUGCGCCAGUGGGUGUGUACGAUGGCUACAGCGUCCAGCUUUUGGAUGAAAAUAAAGCCCUGGUUGGCAACGUUUCACUGCCUGCAGGCGUCACACAUCACCUGUUUGAAGAUCUGGUCCCGGGAGGAACUUACACAGUGCACCUUAAGACCUUCAGCGACACCUCUUAUUACAGCAAGGGUGUCAUCGCAGAAGGCCACACAUUACCAGCGGCGGUAAAAGCUCUCCAUUUGACUUUCAAAGACACCACUGAGCUUGUGUUCGGCUGGAACGUGUCUGAAGGCAAGGUGGACUCCUAUGACCUCCGGUUAUACACCCAGGAAACAACACCUGUACAUCUCGAGAAACACAAGAUGGUGGGUGAAAACGAGACGAGCUGCGCUUUCCCUCACCUGCUUCCUGGGGAACUCUACAAGCUGGUGGUGAUAAGCAGGAGGAAAGGAAUGAGCAGCGAGUCCUCUCUGCUGGGGCGCACAGUUCCUGCCCAGGUUCGAGACUUGCGGAUUGAUCACGAGGGUCACACAGACACUCUGUUGCUGAACUGGAGACGAGGUCCUGGGAAACUGAGCGGCUACAGGGUUUCUCUGGAGGACUCUGGUCAGCCGGGGCAGAAGCAGAGCAGAGAUCAGCCGGAGCAGAGACUCGGACCCGAACACACUUACACCAUGUUUACAAACCUCCGGCCUGGUCGCUUGUACACUGCUGUGGUGCGCAGCCUGAGCGGAGACCUGGCGAACAGCGUCUCUGAAGUGGGCCGUACAGUUCCUGAGCCGCCCACGUCUCUGAGCAUUAUAGAUUGGCAGAAUGGCACGGUGGAGGUGAUGUGGGAAGCUCCUGCGAAUGGGGACUUUAAUGAGUUUAAGGUGAACUGGGUGCCACGAGACGCCCUGAACAUGUCCACACUAAACCAGAUGCGACGCAUCAUUUCUGGUCUGGUCCCCGGCCGGCUGUAUAACAUCAGUCUGUCCACUGUGUGCGGGGGACCAUCAGCGCCUGUUACCAUCAGCUCAGCUAUUCACCACCCCAUCCGCACAGCUCCAGGACCAGUCCGGAACUUCCACUGCCAUCCCCACAGCUCGAAGUCUCUCUCGUGCUCCUGGAAUCCUCCAGCGUCUGAUUACAGUGCUUAUUACAUAGCCUGCAGGAGGCACGGCUCCAAAGACCCCGUGUACAAUUACACACUGAGCGCUCAGACCCUGAAUCAGCACUUUGACAAUCUCGAACCCUUCAGGAACUACACCAUCUCGGUUACGGUCAUCUCCGGAGACAAGAGAGGAGCGACUGUGCAGUACAGCACCUUCACCAUGAUCGACCGGCCGCCGGUGCCUCCACCCACAGUACGCAUCAGUGAGAAAGCAGCCCACAUCACCCCCUCCACCAUUUUCUUCAAGUUCAACUGUAGCUGGUUUAGCAACACCAACGGGGACAUUCGCUACUUUGCCAUCAUUGUAGCCGAGGCUGAUGGUACGGAGGCCGUGUUACCAGAACACAAGCAUCCUCUGCCGUCUUACCAGGAUUACAAGCUCAACAACUCCGUAGUGGCUUACCAGACCAAGCCAUUUCCGAGCCAGUGUGGCGACGAUCCAGCCACCCGCUCACCGUUUGAGAUCAACCUCGGAGCCGGGAUGCACAAUCUGGGAGGAGCUUGUGAGCAAGACGUGGAGCACAAACAGCAGGGGAGCUAUUUCUGUGAUGGACCCUUAAAAUCCAGAACAGCCUAUAGGCUAAGCGUCCGGGCCUUCACUCGGCUCCCCGAUGACGAGAACAAGGAAAUGUCUCAUCAUCCUUUGUUCAGCGACACCUACCUCUCACUCCCACUAUGGACACAAGCAGAGCCACUAGGAGGCGUCGUGGAGGGCAUCAGCGCCGGCCUGUUUCUCAUCGGGAUGAUGAUCGCUAUAACCGCCUUACUGAUCUACAGGCAGAGGGUCCGCAAAGUAGCGGUGCAGGAGAGCCCUCUGGUGAGGAUGAAUAUGUGGAAGGAGGUCCCCACCUCAGGGAUGUACAUGGGGGUCAGGAGCAACCGGCGCCUAUCCAGCCCUGUCAAAGCAGCAUACUUCGAAGCUCAUCUCGGGAAACUCCAAGCCGACUCCAAUUACCUCCUCUCGGAGGAGUUUGAGGAUCUCAAGGAUGUGGGACGGAAUCAAGGGAUGGAUGCUGCACGCUUGCCCGAGAACCGCUGCAAGAACCGAUACAACAACAUCCUGCCGUAUGACGCGACCCGUGUGAAGCUCUCGUGCUUAGAGGACGACCCGUGCUCGGACUACAUCAACGCCAGCUUCAUCCCAGGCAAUAAUUUCAGGCGGGAGUACAUCGCCACGCAGGGGCCGCUCCCAGGCACCAAGGACGAUUUCUGGCGCAUGGUGUGGGAGCAAAAUGUGCACAACAUCGUCAUGGUGACGCAGUGUGUGGAGAAGGGCAGGUUGAAGUGCGAUCAGUACUGGCCUACAGACAGGGAGCCACUGUACUACGGUGACCUCGUGGUGCACAUGCUCUCUGAGUCCGUCUUGUCAGAGUGGACAAUCCGCGAGUUCAAGAUAUUCUGUGAAGGCCAGCUGAGUUACCCGAGGAUUGUGCGUCACUUCCAUUACACGGUGUGGCCGGAUCACGGAGUGCCCGAGACCACCCAGUCGCUCGUUCAGUUCGUGAGAACUGUGAGAGAUUACAUCGACAGAGUGUCAAACUCAGGCCCUACUGUGGUCCACUGCAGUGCUGGCGUGGGUCGUACAGGCACUUUCAUCGUGCUGGAUCGCGCGUUACAGCAGGUGGACAACCGCGGCACCGUGGACAUUUACGGCUGUGUGUUCGAUCUGCGGCUGCACCGCUCGCACCUGGUGCAGACCGAGAACCAGUACGUCUACCUCCAUCACUGUGUGCGUGACGUUCUGAGAGCCAGGAAGCUCCGCUGUGAACAGGAGAACCCGCUUUACCCCAUAUACGAGAACUUCAACCCUGGCUACUAUCGAGAUUUUGUCUACACUGGACAAUGAAGCCUGCGGACCUCCAAACAAAUCACUGAAGAAGAUGACUGGAAUUGCUUUUCAACAUAAAAUCUAACGUUAAUAACUGGUGCACUUCACUGCAAAGAAAAAAAAAAAUCUCUGCAAGAGAAAAAUUUGAAUGCAUAUGCAAAUAAUUGCUUUCAUUUAUUUAAAUCUUGCACUUUCUUAUUCGAUUGACAGACAAUGUUGUUGCUAGAAGUUAAUGCCAAAAUUAGAAAACAAUGAAUGAAACUGAAUUUCAAAAAACUUAAACAAGUUAUAUAAUCUAUUCUUUGGUUAAUAUAACAAAUAUAGGAGUUAAUAAACAUUGGAAAUUGGAUUUUUUUUGUUUGCAGUGGACAGGAAUAUAGCAUUUAUUUUUAUACAACCUCCUCAGGACAUAUUUAAAGUGUUAACAUUUAGUGUUUAUGGAUAUUUAUAUCCUUUAUAAGUGUUAUCCUUUGGUCAGUAUAGACUCUAAUGCUUUCUAUCAUACAUUUGCAUGUUAUCACCUCCCUUGCUUAAUUGUUAAUUAGGAAUCACACUUUAAUGUCUAGCAGCCCGAACUAAAUGACCAAGCUAAAAGAAAAUGGAAUUAUUUUAGCGUGCAAACUGAAUUAAGGAAUUGCCGAGGCGACCUGUACAGUAUAUAACCCUGAAGCUGUGUGCAUUUCAGACCACGUAACUUCAUCCAGCUUUUCUGUGCACACUCUCUCACACACACCUGUGCAUCUUGAUGAACAGCUAUAUAGGGAAAAAAUGCUAGAAAAUGGCUGCUCUUGUUUGUUCCUUUUCAUUUCUCUUGCCAAAUUUGCAUUCAUCAUGGGACAUUUACAGAAGGUUAAACUGCCACCAUCAUUUCCAGAGGAACCAUGCAUAGUAACACACUUUUGCAUAUUCAUUGUAUUUUACUUUAUGCUGUAUUAGGUCCUGCUCAGUAAGAAAACUGUUCACCCAUGACCUCUCACAGAGCUGUCUUUAGUUUCAGUUGUUUGGGAAGCUUUAAUCGUUCUGACACCGCACAUGCACCAGCAUAGAAAACACAACAAGGGCAAAACAGACAUGACGUUUUUACCCCAAUUUAACAUACGCCAUAAGAAAUAUAAACCAAAUAUCAAGAUUAAAGCACUUAAAUAAAGCAAUUUAUUAGAUUUCAUUUUUAUUAAAUUUUUUUAGAUGUUCAAUGCUUUAAAUAAGCACUUCUAUUAGACCUCAAAACUGGGACAUGGAAUAUUCUUUUUUUAAAUUCUUGCACUGAAGAAAAAAAUUUAUUUAGUUUUCGUUGUUAGUCCUGGGCAAAAGCCUCAUUUAUUUCUUUAUUUUAAAUUAAUACAAUUCAUUUUAUUAUAUGAGAAAAUUGAGAAAAUAAAAGGCGAAAAAAUCGACAUAAAAAAUAUAAGAACGUCUGGCUCUUUGGACACAAAAUAUAAAGAAAUGAGGGGGACACAAGACUUUUGCACAGUACUGAAUAAGAUUCAAAGAAACUGUGGGAGAUAAGUGCACUUGUACUCUAAUGCCCUCUAACGCUGCAUGUGUAGCUGUUCAAAAAGAUGUAAUUGUCAUGUGUCUUGGAGAAAGGACAUGUUAUAGUCUUCAAAUUUAAAUUUUCUGUGGAAUUUCAUUUGUAUAAAAA